AUGAACUAUGCCAAAUACAACCCCAUAGAGGUCAACCUUGCCACGGUUGUGGUCAAGGCACUCAUCCUCGGGGCUAUAUUCCUGGCCAACGCCAUCUUGGCCCUUUUCAACCAUCUCGACAUCAUUUCGACACCGCUCCAGCUCCAUUACUAUCUCAUGUUCUGGUGCAUUUUCCAUACCCUCGAGUUCGUGACGACGUGUCUCUUCAACAACUCCCAGGUCGACGAUGACUCGUUCAUCUUGGAGGACUGGGAUAUUCAUAGCAUGAACAUUCUUUGCAUAUCAGAGUUCGCAAUCAGAUGGUACUGGUGGAGCCAGAACCCAUGGAAGAUUACCUGGUACGCGGUUGGAUUGGUGGCUCUUGGCCAAAUCUGUCGCACCUUGGCCAUGUACACUGCUAGCGAGUCGUUCAACCACUACAUUCAACGUGAACAUAACGAAAAGACUCACCAGCUCGUUACCACUGGUAUAUACUCGGUGUUGAGACACCCCAGCUACUUCGGGUUUUGGUGGUGGUUCGUGGGGCUCCAAUUGUUCAUGAACAAUACUGUAACCUUUGCUGUGGGUGGCUACGUGUUGUGGAACUUUUUCAAUAAGAGAAUCCAGUUCGAAGAAGGCUUUUUGGUGAAAUUCUUCAAGGAUGCCUACAUAGAUUACAGAAAGAGAACCAUCACCGGAAUUCCCUUUAUCAAGUGA